GUUUACGUUUCGUCUUCAUUUCCGCAGCUCGAUUCGGGAUAACGCGUCCAGUCAAAUCCCAAAUUAUACUAUAUUUACUCAGAUAAAUACAUGAUCUGUUUAUUUUUAUGAGUGCCAUGUCCAUAUAUUUGACAGAUGAACAGGAUCAAAUCGUGUGAGGUUUAUUCUAGGCGUGUUGGGGCUUUUUUCAUCUUAAUUAGUUGCCGUCAGAGCUAACUAAACCUUAGCCUAGCGGUGUGAGAGGUUAGCAGUUGCCUUGGACAUACUUUGCUCAUCAUCGCCUUGUUUGGCAGUAAAUUAAAUACAAAAUCUUAGGCAAUCAUGGCUACGAGGCGUCUGACCGAUGCCUUCUUGUUAAUGCGGAACAAUGCUAUCCAAAACCGGCAGAUUUUGGCAGAGCAAGUGAGUACAUACGACCCUCGUCUGAGUACACGUAGCAAUGCUGCGAUGGCAGACGACAGAAUGGCUCUGGUGUCUGGGAUCAGUCUGGACCCUGAGGCAGCGAUCGGAGUCACAAAAAAACUCCCGCCCAAAUGGAUAGACGGGGUCGAUGAGAUCCAGUAUGAGAUCUCACGUGUGCGUCAGAAGAUGAAGGAGCUGGCGGUGCUUCACGACAAACACAUGAACCGACCGACUCUGGACGACAGCAGCGAAGAGGAGCACGCCAUCGAGAUCACUACACAAGAAAUCACACAGAUGUUCCACCGAUGCCAGCGUGCUGUCACAGGUCUGCAGACGCGCUGUGGUCACUGUACGGAGCAGGAGGAGAGGCUGCUCCGAAACGUAGUGUCUUCACUGGCCCAGAGUCUACAGGACCUGUCCACCAACUUCAGGCACACGCAGUCUGGAUACCUCAAAAGAAUGAAGAACCGAGAGGAGAGAUCAAAGCACUUUUUUGACUCGGGGCCUUUAAUGGAGGAAGACGAGGAUUUAGCCAUUUACGACAGAGGCUUCACAGAGGACCAGCUGAUGUUGGUGGAGCAAAACUCAGUGAUGGUGCAGGAGAGAGAGAGGGAGAUCAGGAACAUCGUGCAGUCCAUUUCAGAUCUGAACGAGAUCUUCAGGGAUCUGGCAACAAUGGUGGUGGAGCAGGGAACAGUUCUCGACAGAAUCGACUUUAACGUGGAACAAGCUUGUGUUAAAACAGAAGAUGGUUUAAAACAGUUACAAAAGGCCGAGCAGUAUCAGAAAAAGAACAGGAAGAUGUUGGUUAUUUUGAUCCUGUUUGUCAUCGUGGUCGUAUUAAUACUCAUUCUUUUUGGGACUAAAUUUUAAUCAUUCCGCCGCCUUUGUUUUUGUGUUGACUUGUCGUGCAUCUGUGUGGUUCUACUAAAGGAAAACAGCCUUUUAUCGACAAAAACAACUUCACGAGCACUCCCAGUACGCAAGAAGCAAGAUAUCUGUCUUAAGGACAGAAAAAAACUUGCGGGGGAUUUGAAAGAGACUUCUGCAGUGUUGACAUCUGUCUUAAAAUAUUAUGAGUGAAUGGGAAAGUGUUAAAAUGACCCAGGACUAAAUAAGACUAAAUAAUACUAAAUAAUACUAAAUAAUGCAUUUAUGUGCUAAAUGCAAAAUGUAUUUCAAUUCACUUAAAGGAGCUGUACUUGAUUUUUUUUUUUCUUGUCGUACUGGAAAAUCAGUUUCACCUCCAUAGUAUAUUGUAAAAGCAGCUCUUGGUUACACAGCUCUGUCUGCAUUUAAAUGGGCGGUACCUGAUUUUUUUUUUUUCCCCCCAUGUAUUUGAACUAAAUUUGUUUCCCCAGUACAGAUAUAUUGAUCUCUAGAGCUGCUAAUAAAAUAUAAGUCUGCUAUGUACUGUCUGCAUGUAAUUAUAAAGCGUUUUAUAAUCUAAGAAUCAGGACGUGCGCAGUUAGCAUGCUAAUUGUUGUUAGCAUUGUCAUGACAGCAAAACUCUGCACUGAAAGUUGUGGAAAACGCUAAUAAACUCAUUGUGGUGAAUAAUUAUGAUGUUCUGAAUGCAUAAGGGAAGCGAGGAAUAACUUUGGACCACUGCAAACUGUUUAAAAUGAACCAGUUUUUCACUUUUUUUUUUAAGAUGGUAAAAAUCAGGUACAGAACCUUUUAAUUACAAAGCAGUUUAUCAAUCAGAAUACCAGGAGUAGCAGGCUUAUUCUUAGCAUUGCCGCGACUACACUUAGACUAUGCUUUAGCCCCUGAAAGUUGUAAAAAAAAAAAAAAAAAAACUCAUUGCAGUGAAGAAUGUAAGGAAUGCAUUAGGAAAAAUCUGGACCAUUUAAUGUUUUAAA